UUGUCAAAUGUCAAAACAAAUAAUUGGAUUUCGAAAAGAUUUAUCUGAUUAGGUGAAAAGUGUAUUUAUUUCUGCUAUUUACGACAAAACGUAAAGUUUAAACCAUGAAUGUUAUAAAGGCACUAAAGAUGUAUAUCACUAAGAUGACUGAAGAAAGCGGUCCAGGAAUGAAAGUUAUUCUAAUGGAUAAAGAGACUACAAGUAUAGUCAGUAUGGUGUACAGUCAAUCGGAGAUAUUACAAAAAGAGGUAUAUCUGUUUGAGAGGAUAGACAAUCCAAGCAAAUUUGAUAACCUAAAGCACAUGAAAUGCAUUGUAUUCCUUCGUCCAACAUCUGAAAAUAUUGCAUUGCUGUCCAGAGAGCUACGCUGUCCUAAAUAUGGAGUUUAUUUUAUUUAUUUCAGUAAUGUGAUAUCGAAGGCUGACAUCAAGACGCUGGCGGAGUGUGAUGAGCAGGAGGCUGUGCGGGAGGUUCAGGAGGUGUUUGCUGACUAUCUAGCCGUGGAUAGACAUCUCUUUUCAUUUAACAUUGUUGGAUGUUUGCAUGGUCGGUCGUGGAACCAAAGCCACUUGCAGCGCGUGUCGCAGGGCCUGCUGGCGCUGGUGAUGUCGCUGAAGAAGCGCGCGGUGGUGCGCUACGAGGCGUCGUCGGAGCCCUGCGCGCGCCUCGCGGAGCGCGUGCGCGACCUGCUGCGCCGCGAGACCGUGCUUAUAGACAACACUAUACCCUUCAACGGAGAUGUGCCCGCGCCGGUACUGCUCAUUAUCGAUAGGAGAGAUGAUCCUGUUACACCGUUGUUAAAUCAGUGGACGUACCAGGCGAUGGUGCACGAGCUGCUGGGCAUCAGCAACAACCGCGUCAGCCUGGCGCACCUGCCCGACGUGCACAAGGACUUCAAGGAGGUGGUGCUCUCCUCGGAACAGGACGAAUUCUAUGCCAAGAAUUUGUACGCUAACUUCGGUGAGAUCGGGCAGACUAUCAAGUCCCUGAUGGAGGAGUUCCAGCGCAAAGCCAAGAGCCACCAGAAGGUGGAGAGUAUCGCUGAUAUGAAGAACUUUGUUGAAACCUAUCCAUUAUUCAAGAAAAUGUGUGGCACGGUGACGAAGCACGUGUCGGUGGUGGGCGAGCUGUCGGCGCUGGUGGGCCGCCACCGCCUGCUGGAGGUCUCCGAGCUGGAGCAGGAGAUGGCCUGCCAGAGCGACCAUGCUAAACACCUGCAGCGUUUAAAAGCGCUGAUAGGCGAGGAGUCUGUGCGCGAGUGCGACGCGGCCAAGCUGGUGGCGCUGUACGCGCUGCGCUACGAGAAGCACGCGGGGAACGCGCUGCCCGCGCUACUGGACUCGCUGCGCGCGCGCAACGAGGCCAGCGUGCGCGCGCCAGUGCUCGCGCUGGAGUGGGGGGGAGCGCACGCGCGGAAAACUGACCUCUUCGGCCUACAAGACGCCGUUAAGAUAACCAAGAGAUUGUUCAAGGGUUUAAAUGGCGUAGAAAACAUCUACACUCAACACACACCACUCCUUAAAGAUACCAUAGAGGACCUCAUUAAGGGGAAACUACGCGAGAACUUGUACCCUACUCUAGGUGGAGAUGAGACCAAUGGACGGAGACCACAGGACAUCAUAGUGUUUAUUGUGGGAGGUGUGACGUACGAGGAAUCCCUCUGUGUGCAUCAGAUCAACCAGGCGAACCCUGGGGUGAGGGUAGUGUUGGGCGGCACCACCAUACACAACUCCACCACCUUCAUGGAGGAGAUAAAGUCAGCAAUGCAGGGCGUGCACAGAACACAUACGAGGCAUAUCAGAAAUGUAUAAAGUCCAUUUACUUAUAAUUUUUCAUAUACAGGGAAAAACGUGUACAAUGGACUACACCUUGGUCGAAGUUAUGACUUAACUCAACUUACUUUUAUCCAAAGUUUCUCCUUGUUAUCUAUACUAUUAUAAUAAAGCGUAAACACACACUUAUUUUUUGCGUAACAUGUCAGCAAUUA